AUGUUCUAUUUAAAUUUAAAAAUAGAACUUGAAAACAUAUUUCAAGUGUUAAGUUGCGAUUAUUUUUGUUACAGAUAUAUUUUUUGAUAAUUUUAACAUCGAAUUUUUUCUGUUAAGUUGUUUUUUUAAUCGUUGCAAUCAUGCCGUCUAACUCAGCUUUUCUGAGUGUUGCUACUGGGCUCCCGCGCACACCCAUCAAUCAAAAUUGUUCUGACAGCGCAGUUGUUAAUGAGUUGAUGUGGAAAGUUUUGGAAUCAAACGUCUCUCUGGUCGGACUGGACGAGGUGCGUGGUCAGAAACUCAUCGUGGACUCACGUUGUUGGUACCAUUUGUUGCAUGUGGAGAAUGAUCAGCUGGUUACCUCUUGCAGAAAAUCUCAAAGAAAUUGUAAAUUAAACAACAGUGGUGAUACUAAAAAAACUGCCAGUUCCGUUAUGAAGGAACAUGACACAAAUUCUAAAUUGCAAAUAGUCUUUUGGCAGCUGUUUAAUUUAAAUGUGAACCAGUUAAGAUUGCUUGUGCUGUUUGAAAAACUGAAGGCUACCAAAUCAAAGCGAGAUGCUGCCAUCAACAAACAGAUUACAUUCAAUAAUAAGUCCAAAGAAUUAUUAACAAAGAUGUCCAUACCUUAUGAGAAUGUUGAUGAUAUUGAUCUGGAGUUAGCGAAGAGAAUUAAAAAUAAUGACUUUGAUGCUUCCUUAACAAACAGUUCAUCAAUGCUGCUCUAUGGCUGUGGCAAAGUUUUUCAUCACAAGUCAACAGAAGCAACACUGAGCAAGUGCAACCAGUCACUACAAAGUAUGAAGUUAGUUAGAUAUUCAUCAGACGACCAAGGCAAUAAAUCAAUAUUAUUAGCUCUGUAUGCACUCUUGACAUUCUACCAAUCUGGAAACUACAAGACGACAGCAACAGCAGCUGUAAUAAAAAACUCUGAUAGACCAGGAGUCUCCCAACAUAGAUCCAGAUUAUUUUCAGUUGGAUUUGAACAUCCAGAUGAUUUUACUAAAAGCUGCAGUGAUGACGUGGAAUCAAAACAGUCCACUAUCUCAACAAAAUCUCAAAAUUCAUCCACAGUCACAAGAAAGAAGUCUGCCAAAAAGUCAGCAGUUCCAUGCAAAGAUGCAUCAAAUAAUGGAGAAAGUGAUGAUAAGGUUGUUGGCGGUUCAGAAGUUUCCACUAGAAAUGGUGAUGGCACAUGUGCCAAAAGUGACGACAAAAUGUUUAAUUUAAUUUUUGAGUUUGUUCAUCAGAUGAAAGAUAAAUCAUUGUUGAGUAUCUACAAAAGGCUUGAACAACUCUGCUCAUCUUCAACAGCAGCAGAAACGAGCUUUGAGAUGACAGAUGUUGAAAAGGCGUUAUCAUUCUUGUUCACAGAUAAACUGACCAGUCAUUUGAACAAUAUUCAGAAACAUUACCACAUGAAAGAAGAAAGUCUCGGCUCUCCCAGAAGUGAUGAUGACAUUAAGUGGACCAGGCCAGAUUUCCAUUUAUUACAAGAAUACACUAAGAGCCUGCAUCUAUCACUGCCAUGCAAGCAGUUGUUGAGUUACGUUGUCGCCUUUGAUUUGUAUUAUCUCUCAAAUGGUAUUUUCAGUGGAGAUUCAUUUCCUGAUGGCUUCAGCAGACCUGAAAAGAUAAUGCGACUGAGCAAGAAAAAAGAGGCGGAACUCUAUGAAAUUAAAUGGAGUUUUAUUCCUGGUACAGAGGCUCUGAGAUCAAGGGACCUAGUUACGACUGAAUACAAAAACGUGUUCUCUGCUGCCUUUCCAAAAAUUGCCUCCAAAUUUGAAGGAUGGAAGUUGAGAUCAGAUGAUGAUGACGACGAGGAUGAAGAAGAUGGUGGCGACGAGUUGGCCCGCAAAUCACCCAGUCCGGUUAAGAAGGACAGAGGUAAGAGGAAGACAUGUGACCCUAUGGACACACCAGCUUCAAACAGCAGCGGUAGAACCACAUUGAAGGAUUACUACGUGGCGAGGAAGAGACUGAACUUUUAA